GGUCUUUCCGUCAGCGUUCUAAGCAUUCCGACGGCGCUCGGGUGUUUCCGGCCAGGACUCGGCUGUCUCCGGCGGCCUCCCCGGUAACGGUCGCUGUGAGUUUAAAUGAGCCGGAGCCGCCCGAUUGACGUCCUGAGAGUCGCCGACAGUGAGAGCGGUCCCGACAGCGGGGGAGAGCGCGCACACCGGGGGCCGGGAGGAAGGCCGGAGGAUGACGGUACUGCAGGAGCCCGUCCAGGGUGCUAUAUGGCAGGCAUUAAAUCACUACGCAUACAGAGAUGCCGUAUUCCUAGCAGAAAGACUCUAUGCAGAAGUGCAUUCAGAAGAGGCUUUAUUUCUGCUGGCCACGUGUUAUUACCGCUCAGGAAAGGCUUACAAGGCGUACCGUCUUUUAAAAACCCAUAGCUGUGCCACUCCACAAUGUAAAUACCUCCUUGCAAAGUGCUGUGUGGACCUAAGCAAGCUGGCAGAGAGUGAGCAGAUCCUGUCUGGCGGUGUGCUCAACAAGCAGAAAACCCAGGAGGAAAUAGUCACGGAGUUUGGAGAUUCUGCCUGCUUUACUCUAUCGCUGCUCGGCCAUGUAUAUUGCAAAACAGAUCGACUGGCCAAAGGAUCUGAAUGUUACCAAAAGAGCCUUAGUUUAAAUCCCUUUCUGUGGUCCCCAUUUGAAUCACUAUGUGAAAUAGGUGAGAAGCCAGACCCUGAACAGAUCUUUAAACUAACCUCCCUCCAGAAUUUUAGUAGCUGCCUGCCUAACUCCUGCACGUUAAUGGUGAAUACGCACAGCAUCAUAAGCCACAGGCAAUCAGACUCAGUGUUAAUGGAGACUCCCCAAGACACUAUAGUAAGUGAACUUAACAGACUGAACCUAGAGUCCUCCAAUGCGAAAUACUCCCUGAACACGGAUUCAUCGGUGACCUAUAUAGAUCAAGCAGUCAUCUCCCCUGAUGCCUUUUCCCUGGGAACUGGUUCCUCCAUCUUGUCCAAACAAGCGCAGAACAAACCAAAGACCGGGCGCAGCUUGUUAGGAGGUCCAGCAGCACUGAGCCCACUCACACCGAGUUUUGGGAUUUUACCACUAGAAACGCCCAGUCCAGGAGAUGGGUCCUAUUUACAAAAUUACAAUUCCUCCUGUGUCCUUGAUGUGCCAUCCUCUGGUGCCCCCGCGAAGAAGUCUGUUCCCAGAAUCAGCCAAACCGGAACAAAGUCUGUAUUCUCACAGAGUGGAAAUAGCCGGGAUGUCACACCAGUUCUCCUCAUGCAGACUCAAGGUUCUGGCCCACAGACAAGCACCACACCUCAGGUUCUGAGCCCCACAAUAGCUGCUCCUCCAAACGCACUACCACGGCGGAGUUCCCGGCUCUUCACUAGUGACAGCUCUACCACCAAGGAGAACAGUAAAAAAUUGAAAAUGAAAUUUCCACCCAAAAUUCCCAACCGGAAAACCAAAAGCAAAACAAACAAGAGUGGUGUCACGCAGGCAAACCUGAACGAGAGUCUUGAAAUUACCAAGUUAGAUGCGUCAAUCAUCUCCGAAGGGAAGAUCUCCAGUGUGGGUCCACAGAUCCAGGCACUAAAUAUGCAAAAAGCGGCAGCAGAAGGCUUGAUGAGCCUCUUAAGGGACAUGGGGAAGGGUUAUGUGGCCCUGUGCUCCUACAACUGCAAGGAAGCAAUCAAUAUCCUAAGUCAUCUCCCCUCCCACCAUUACAACACUGGCUGGGUGCUUUGCCAGAUUGGCAGAGCCUACUUUGAGCUGGCAGAGUAUUUGCAGGCAGAGCGAGUGUUCUCGGAGGUGCGAAGGAUUGAAAACUAUAGGGUGGAAGGUAUGGAGAUCUACUCAACAACGCUGUGGCACUUGCAGAAAGACGUGGCACUGUCUGUGCUCUCCAAGGACCUCACUGACAUGGACAAAAAUUCACCAGAGGCGUGGUGUGCAGCUGGAAAUUGCUUUAGUUUGCAAAGAGAACACGACAUUGCCAUUAAGUUCUUCCAGCGGGCAAUUCAGGUGGAUCCAGGUUACGCAUAUGCUUUCACGCUGCUCGGACACGAGUUCGUAUUAACUGAAGAGCUGGACAAAGCCCUGGCCUGCUUCAGGAACGCAAUCCGUGUCAACCCUAGACACUACAAUGCUUGGUAUGGUCUUGGAAUGAUUUACUACAAGCAGGAGAAGUUUAGCUUGGCUGAGAUGCAUUUCCAGAAAGCACUGGAUAUUAACCCCCAAAGCUCUGUACUGCUGUGUCACAUCGGAGUGGUACAACACGCGCUCAAGAAGUCUGACAAAGCUUUGGACACCUUGAACAAAGCUAUUUCCAUAGAUCCAAAAAAUCCUCUAUGCAAAUUCCACCGAGCCUCUAUCUUGUUCGCCAAUGAGAAGUACAAGUCUGCGCUACAGGAACUGGAGGAGUUAAAACAGAUUGUCCCUAAAGAAUCUCUUGUGUACUUUUUAAUAGGAAAGGUCUAUAAGAAAUUAGGACAGACACACCUGGCUCUUAUGAAUUUUUCUUGGGCCAUGGAUCUGGAUCCCAAAGGUGCCAAUAACCAGAUCAAAGAGGCCAUAGACAAACGGUACCUGCCAGAUGAUGAGGAAGCGGUGACCCAGGAAGAGCAGAUCAGCGAGUGCUACCCUUACGAAUCAGUGGGAACUGACGAAUCACAAGAAAGCAGCAUGACUGACGCAGAUGACACACAAUUGCACGCUGCUGAGAGCGACGAAUUUUAACCCCUUUUUCCCCGCGUGACAUGUGGCGCGGGGGAUUAGACUGUUAUUUUACUCCGCCUCACCCUGGCCUCGUACCAUUGCCUUCUCAGACGCCUUUCACAAGCCGCUCUUUUGUAUCAUCAUCAUCUUCUCUCUGGCCAUCAUCAUCAACCACCCCUUUCCCGCUUCCAGCCCUCCUGGUUUUAUUGGCCUGCCGAGAAUUAAAGACUGUGUGCAAAAUAUUGGUUGCCUCUUACUCAACAUUUGGGGAAGGAGUUCAGAGGGAUUCUAAAAAGCAAAAGUCAAAUCCCCUUUGUGGCCUGUUCAAGUCUAAGAAGAUGGUGAGCAACUGGGAAUAUAAGAUUCGUACUCUGUUGGAACUUAGAAGAAAAAACUCCUUAAAAAAUAAUACACCCCCAUACUUAGGACAGACACUCCCCGCAAGACAAAUUCUCCACCAUUCCUUUUUCUUAUUAUAAAUGUCCCUUGAUCAUCCCAUCCAUUCAUAAAGGGAAAUCCACCCAGAACAGACCUUUUUCCUUUCUCUACCUUCCUCCCCUGUCUCUGGGAUAGGUUCACUCUCUCGUUUUUGCUCUUUGAGAUGGCCAAUCUGUCCCCUUUCUCUCCAACAGUUGAAUGAAUGAUCUAUUCCUCUACAGACGUCUUCAUCAUUCACUGUUUUCAAGGAUGAAAAGAAGUCCCAGAACGGACUAGCUUGGCUGAUUUUCUUUCCCCCUUCCUUCCAGAUCCUCUCCAUGGGAUGGUGGCAAUUCUCCCCCAGGACUAACCAGAUUUUUAAAGGACUUACUGCCUGGAUAACAUUUAUUCAGCCUUUAAUCACAAGGAUGGACGAGUGAAGGAUCUGGCUGAGCAUAUACGACUUUCCAAUGCAUGAAUGUUGAGGGGGGCAUUGGCUGCCAUUCACUUCUCACCACUUAUCAAUCCCACGCUACAGCCCAUCUGGAGUAGCAACGCUCUGCAUGCGAUACAAUGACUUUCAACUACAGCCUUUUGCUUGCCUUUUGGCAUUAAAAGGGAUGUUUCAAAGGCUCCUCCUCUGAAAUCAUGUAAUCUUCUCAAACUAAAGAGACGUGUUCAUUGACCCUUCAGAGAGUUGAUAUAUGAAAUGCAUGAUGGAAAUGGUUGUUAAAUACCAUAUGAAAUGAAUAGGGAACUGGUGACUUAGUGUUUAGAACAUAACCUCUAUACAUACAAACAGUGCUUACACUUUUGCAAACCAGUGUGUUAAUCAAGCAGAAUACGGUUUUUGUGUUUUUUGUUUUUUUUCUUCUUCAUUAAGCAUUUGCACACCGCCUUGCGGCCUUCACUUCUAACUACCUGAAUGAGGUCAUGCAUAUGACAUACCCACAAAUUUAAAUAUGUCCUUAACUAUAGAUAUACUAUCAAUUCUGCUACAACUCUUUUGUGUCCAUUUUUUUUUGUCUGCAACCUUUCUUGCUCUUGAUACCCCAUUUCCUGAUACGCUUUUUACUUUCUUCCCCUUUCCGUUGUCUGUCCUCCGUCUCUACCCAUGCCCUCUUUACAAUUGUCCCAGUAAGCGCAAGUCAAACCGUAACAAAAACACCAGAUCAACACCUUCUUCCUACACCUUCCUUGCAGCCAUUUCUUAAAGGUUGCCACGAUCAUCUUUCUGCUCAGGUCACUUGUACCAAUAGUCUGGGAGUAUCCAUGCCCCCAUAGCUUGUAUGGUCACUUGGUUAGAAAUCAUGACAACAAAGUCCCCAGUAACAUUGCAGGCAAAACGUUCGACUCCCUUCCCAUUAGCCCUGUUACGUUCAUCUGUGCCAGUUCAAUGUGAGAGGACACUGGCAGGAUUGGGGCCCCCAUUAUUUGUGUGGCUGUGAUUUGUCUUUUUUUAUUUUUUUCGCCCAUCAUUUUUUUAUUUGGGGAAGUGUACAGUGUUCCAAUUUGUUGGGGGGGUUGGGAGGUUUCUGUUUAAUAUAUUUUGCGAAUCAUUUAUGGAUGUGAAAAAUCCAAAUAAAACUUCUUUUAAAAAUAA